AGAUUUAUUUAAAAAAAAUUCCGAAAUAAGCUCUAAGAAGUUCAGUGUUUCUAUUGAUUUCUGUGAGAAAUGAUGUUCAAAAUUACGCUAGGAAUUUUAUUUCUCGGGCUUGUUAGUGCUCAGUUAAAUAAUCCAAUUGUCAAAACGCCUUUAGGUAAAAUUAGAGGAACAAUAUUAAAAACCGAAAAAGAUCGUGAAUUUUAUGCAUUCCGUGGAAUAAAAUAUGCCGAAGCUCCAAUCGGUGAUAAGCGAUUUAAGGCUCCAAUAGCUGUGACCAAACCAUGGAACGGUGAAUAUGAUGCCACUAAAGAUGGUUACAUGUGCCCCCAAGUUGGUCCAAGUGAAGAUAUUAUGUCCGAAGACUGUUUAAUAGUGAAUGUUUACACGACAAAUCUAAAUGCUAGCAAGCCAGUAAUAGUUUAUAUUCACGGUGGAUCUGAUAAAGAUGGAGGAAGUCACAGUGUGAGAGAAGCUGGUCCCGAAUACCUAAUGGAGUCCGAAAUUGUGCUGGUAUCACUGAAUUACCGCUUGAAUGCAUUGGGAUUCCUCACUACACGAACUGCUGAAGCUCCAGGAAAUUUCGGUUUCCUUGAUCAAGUUAUGGCACUAAAAUGGGUUCGUGAUAAUAUUGGACAUUUCGGUGGAAAUUCAAGUUCAGUGACAAUUUUCGGUUUUAGUGCUGGUGGAAUGGCUGUUACUCUUCAUGUGGCUUCACCUCUUUCAAGAGGAUUGUUUCAUAGAGCGAUUGCUAUGAGUGGAUCAGCAGUGAAUGAACAAGCAAUUGAUAAUUUACAUUGGACCAGGAAACUUGCCCAUGAGACUUCUUGUCCAAUGUUCAAUCCUGAAGACCUUCUUAGCUGCCUUCGGAAAGUUCCCUGGCAAACUAUUGUAGAAGUCUGCAAAAGAUGGGAUUUGUAUGGAUUUGCUGACAUGAAAUGGAACUAUGAAGUCGAUGGACACUUUUUGGAUUUUCGACCAUCACAAUAUUUCGCCAGGGGAAAUUUUUCCCAUGUUCCAAUUCUAACAGGACUAUCGAGAGAUGAAUUCAAUUUCAUGUCUUUAGGUCUUGAGAAUAAACCAGGACAUUUGAAUGAUAUUGAUAUGAAUUUGGAAAAAUAUUCUCGUGAAUUUUUCAUGCAUGAUUUUGGUGAUCCAGCUGAGAAAAAAGUUGAACAAUUGAAAACUUUUUACUUCAAAAAUCAGACAAUGAGUAAAGCUAAUUUGGAUAGAUUUGGUGAAGCUUUGUCAGAUUCGUUUAUCAAUCAUGGAGUUCAUAGAUUGGUUGAUUUGGCUCGAAAAUUUGUUCCAGUUUAUUAUUAUCGUUUCGAUUAUAAGGGAAGUGUUGGAGAGUUUCCAAGUAUUGAUAGUAUUGGUCAUGGAGUGGAUCAAUUUUAUAUUUUCAAAAUAGGUAAAUUUGGGGGGAAAUUAAUAAAUCCCCAGGACAAGGAUUGGGUGAUGUUGGAAAAAAUGGUUGGAAUACUUUCAACUUUUGCACAAACUGGAGUUCCUCCUGAAUUUGGUAGUUUGAAAUGGCAACCCUCAAAUAAAACCAAUAUCAAUACUUUGUACAUAAAUGAAACAUUCAAAAUGGAUAGUCGACCUUAUCCAGAACGAUUUCAACUUUGGGAUACACUUUUUCCAGUGGAAAAUAUUGGAAGCAGAUCAUCGAUAUGUUUGACAAUUAUUUUGAUAGCGGUAGCAGUUUUAAAUGUUUUUAUCUAAAUUAAAUUUUUGUAAAAUUAUCAAAAUUGUAGGUAAUAUCAGUUCAAUUACUCUAUAAUGGCUCUUAAUUCUCAUACUUUUGUAUUUUUUUGUUUAACUGAUUA